AUGUUUAUAUUUGCACUUUUAUAUAUCAAUUUUUCAUUUGGAUUGGAGAUAGAUGUAAACACAUUUUCAAAUUACCUUGAUGUAUAAAAUAAGCAUAUUCAUUUUGAAUUGCUAUCAAAUAUGGAAAAGAAAUAGAUUAAUGCUACAGCUAACUAUAAAUUUCAUGUUGCAAGAUCCUCUAUAAACAAAAUUUGUUUAGACAUAAAGGAAUUGAAUAUCUAUUCAAUUUAUAUGGAAAAUGGACUUCUUCUUCGCCAUAUUAUUGAUAAUCCAUAUGCUGAUAGUGAUUAAGGCUAACGAUUGAAUAUACUUCUUAAUAGGGAGUAUCGAAGGGGUGAAAUCAUCAUGUUAUCAAUCAAAUACUCAAUCGAUUCUCGAUCUGAAUCAGUUAGUUUUAUGAAUGUGUCAUAGACAUCGACGAAAAGCAUGCCUUUUUUAUUUACAUAAUGUGAAGAUGCAUAUUGCAGAUCCUUAGCACCAUUAUAAGAUACACCUGCAAUAAAAUAAACAUAUUCUGCUACUAUAAUUACAAGAAUACAGAAGCAACAGAUGUUUUUAUAAUAAUUUAAAAUUUAAAACCAUCCCGAGAUUGAUCCAAAUUUUACUUGGAAAUAUAAAUAUUUUCUAUAAAAAAUUCCAAUACCAAGCUACUUAAUCGCUAUAGUUGCUGGUAAUUUAUAAAAAGUACCCACAAGUAAUGGAGAUAGAACCUUUUUAAUUAGCGAGCCAGAUAAAAUUAAUGAAUACAAAGAAGAACUCAAAGAUAUGGAAUAAUUUUUAUAGGCUAUUGAACAAUAUAUAGGACCAUACACUUGGGGAACUUACACUAUUGUGAUAUUACCUCCUUCUUUUCCUUAUGGAGCUAUGGAAAAUCCAUUAUUAACUUUUGCUAGCCCAACUAUUAUGACAAAGACUGGCAGUGGAUUAUAUGUGGCCAUCCAUGAGAUGGCUCACUCUUGGUUUGGCAAUACGGUAACAUGUGUAAAUUGGGGAAACAUGUGGAUUAAUGAAGGAUUUACUGUAUUUUUAGAAAGAAAAGCUUCUUCAUUUUAUUAUAAGGUCCCUGAUGAUAUUAAAUUAAAAGCCAUAAUUGGAAAUGCAUCUAUGUAUGCAGAUAUUUUGAAUUUCGGUCCUGAUAGCAAUUUUACAUCUCUUCAUCCUGAUACAACAGGAAUUAAUCCUUAACUAUCAAUUUCUGAUAUACUUUAUGAAAAAGGAUUCUAAUUUUUGACAUUUUUAGAAGGAAUCAUUGGAGAAGAAGAUUUUAAAUAUAUGCUGAGAUCGUAUUUAGCUACAUAUAUGUAUAAAUCUAUUGAUCAGCAAGAAUUAUAAAACUUUAUCAUUAGAUAUUUAUAUGAACAACAUGUAGAUAAUUAUUCAACUAAAAGAUAUCAAAUCUUAGAGUAUUGGGAUUCUUGGAUUUAUCAACCAGGAUUACCACCAAUUAGGUUAGAUUUUUCUACUAAUAAACUUGUUGAAACUUAAUAAUAUACUACUGCUUACAUUCUGGCUGAUGGACAAUAACCUGAUCAUUAUGCUGAUUAUUUUAAUUUUUAUCCAUCCUAGAAAAAGGUGUUCUUGGAGGAAUUAUUUAAAAAGGCUCAAAAUAAAGAAUUAACAUAAUAAGUUAUUGAACAAAUAGACAAAGAUUUAAAAUUAACUAAUGAAAAUGACUGUGAAUUAAAAUUUAGAUGGUUUAAAGCCAUUUUAACUGCUAGAGAUCGAACCCGCUUUACUUAAAUUUCAGACUUCUUAGGGUCGGUUGGUACAUGUGAAAUUUCCUGCCCUGUCUACCAAGCACUAAACGAAUUAGAUCACGAAUUUGCAGUUUAAACAUUUAGAACUUAUUAAGAAUUCUACCAUUAAAUAACAAGAUAAAGCAUUAAAAGAAUUCUAGAAAAGAACAGUUAAAUAAAAUAAUGAAUAAUAUUCAUAUUUAUUAUUUUAAGGAAAUUAGUGGAAUAAAUUAAC